AUGCAGCAGCAUAUGAUUGGCUCCAUGCAAGACGCUAGUGAAAUGCGGGGUAUUUCAGAGAGUCAUGACCAUAUAAUUUUCAGUUUAAAUUUCAUUAAAGAUGUAGAUGGAUUUGCAAUGGAUAUAAGCAAGAACAAGCUCAUGGAAUCAGCAAUUAUCAUAGCUAUCUUUUAAACAGUACUUAUUCUGCUUUUAUUCGCACUGCUAAUUGUGCAGUUAAAGAGAUCAAUAAACUAUUUAAGCGAUCUGCCGAAGGGCACUUGGUACAAACUUACAGGGGUGAUUCUAGUUGUCUAUUCUAAAAUAUUUUAUAUACCACUCUUGGAUAUCAUGCUGAAUAAUGCUAUAGUCUCCUAGAGAAAUACCAAUGACUCUCAAAAUAUCGCAUUCUUGGUUCUUAGUGUAUAUUCUAUAUUUGCUUAUGCGGGGCUGAUGUUUUACUCAAAGCGACUUUUAAAGUUGAAUAUGAGAUCUGGUGAUUAGUUGGCUUCCUGGAGCGAACCUACUUCAAAAAUAAUUUAUAUGGAAUUCCUUAUGAGAGUCAUUGUGCCCAUUAUACUUGCUUUUGAUCCAGAUGCUCUCUUUAUCUAAUAUGAGAUCAUUGUAAUCUUAAUUCUGAGCGCCACAUAUUUGAUAUUCUUAGUAAUGUUUAGCUCUACUUUCGACAAUAUUCUUCGUUAUAUACAACUAGGAUUUCAAGUAGUACUUGUCUUCAUUUUAGAGAUAGGGGUGAUCAAGUAUUUGAUAACCAACAAUGACAAAAAAGAAGGUAUAAUCCUUUUAAUAUUCUUGUUCUUCAACAUCUACUCAGUGCUUGAGCUCAAGAAGUGGCGGGAAACUAAACUCCUGCUCGCAUUUAAGCAUGGAUAAGUGACCAAACCUGCAGAACUAGAACAAGCAUUCAUGAUUUUAAUAGACUUAGUAGAUAAAUGCCUUCUUGAGAUCAAUAGAAGCAACCAUAAAUAUUCCUAUUAUCAACCCAAAUUGUACAAAAUGAUUGAGAAUCACAUAGUAAAAUGCAAUGAUUCAAAAUGUCUAUGCAUUAACUAUGAGAUUUUCAUUGAGAUGUUUCAGAUUAACUACUAACAAGGUCAAAGUUAGACUCUUCUGAGUCAUUAAAAAUUCUAGAAAAUCUAUGACAUCAUGUUUAAAUCUGCCAAAUCUAGUUCCAUUUUUACAAGUGUUAGCCGCAUGCUUGAUAAUUAGAAUGGAUUCAGAGAUUACGAUUAAAACUUAGAGUAAGAUACAGUAUUAAGGGCAAUGAAUUCUGAAGAGAAUGAUGAAAUAAUUGAAGAGAAUUCUGCCGAUAUAAGUGAAAUUCAUUAAGAGGAAGAUGAAGACAGUGAUGAUAAGACCUUUGCAAUUGAUGCUUAAGAAUCACAGCGAUUUUUCAUUGUGCAUUUCAUCAAAAUAUUCUUAGAUGAGCUUCAUAACAAGCAUCCUGAUUCUCCUAUUAUACAGAAUGCAUUUAAUUACUACUACCUGUUUUUAAUAAAAAAGCCCUAGUUAGCAAUAUUCCAACUCAGGAACAAUCUUGCAUUCCACAAGUCUAGUUCUUGGAUUGACACGAUAUCACAUAGUUUAGAUGAGAUGUACAUAUUGCAUCAUUAUGAACUAUUUCAGCAAUAGAGUUUAGAUUAUCAAACUUCAAAGAUUGAUGCAGAAUAGUUCAUCUAUAUAAAUAACCUCUACAGCAAGUUUCAUUAAGACAUUGAGGAUUUGAGUAUGAAUGCAGUCUAAUUCUGGAAAGGAUUCACAUUUGAUGAGCUGGAUCCGUUCUCUUAAAUUAAGAUUGGAGAAAAAAUAUCGAAAGACAUCAAGUUACUCUAUGAUAAAUUUUCUAAAAUUGAGAAUACAUUAACUCAAAAAGAUCCCAAGUUAUACCUAUGGUUUGCCCUAGUUUAACAAAAGAUAAUGAAUGAUACAGAUGGUUAUUAGAUAUUUAUUGGAAAAAUGAGGGAGAUUAAUCAGAUGAAGAAAUUACUAAACUUAGACAUGAGAAUUAAAGGCUAUGACUAGGAAUCUGGAUUUGUGCUAGUAGAUGGCAAGACUUAAACACAAGGUCAAAUUAUUAUGAUGAAUAAGAUAUUAAGGCGAUGGAUUAAGAGAGAUGAGGACGAGAUAAAAUUCCUUAAUAUUAGUGUAAUUAUGCCUAGUUUGAUUGAAGGGCAUCACAAUACUUUUAUGGAUGAGUAUAACAAAAGUGGUGAAUCUAGAAUUCUUAAUAAAAAGAUAUUGCAUUUCAUAAAAGAUAAGAAUCAAAAUUUAUUCCCAGUCGAGGUAAUGGUCAAAUUUCAUUAUUCUUAGCAUUUUGAUUACUGUUAUGUUGGUCUUGUAGAGCCUAUACAUACAAUGAGGCCAUUUAGGGAUGAUAGGAUUCACAAGAUAGACCAGUUGGUAUUUUUAAGUAUAGAUUGGUAAAAUGGGUAAAUCAAGGAGACAUCUGAGAAUUUUUCAAAACUAUUGAAACUCUAAGGUAUUAGUCAAUCUAAUAAUAUUGGCGGGUAUUAGUUUCAAGAGAAGGUGAUAACUUUAGACGAUAUAUUUGAGAAUUUCAAUUUCAAAGAAAUCAAGAACAUCAAGAGAAAGCAAAAAGUCUAGAAAAAUUUCCAUGAAGGCAUUUAUAAGCUAGAUAUGUUUGAGUUUAACGAUGAAUUUGACAAUAGGAAAUUUUUCAGUACAAUGUAAAGAUCAAUUUUUGGUAAAGUUGGAAUAUAUUUUGAGUCCUACAGCAAAGACUUAUUAAAGCUAGGAUUUGUAGUAUUAACUGUGGAAUCACAAUUUCUAGAUAUGAAUACAAGCAAGGCUAAUAGCACAUUGAUGGAAAACUCGCACAAUAUUUAUCAAUCAGAUGUAUUGAUGAAUAGAGAUAUAGAUGAAGAUCCCGGUCUCAAUGAUGAAGAUAAUCAGUCAUCUGCCGGUUCUUCUCAAUCAAGCUCAUCUAGGAUUACAUCAUUUGAUGUGAAAUCAUUCCACUCUUUUUAUUAGUAAACUACACCUCGAAUUUUGAAAAUAGUACUCUAAAUGAUACUACUAUUAUUCAUUGCAUCAGUUACAAUUUCCACUAUAAAUCUUGGUCUUAACAUAAAAAAUCAGAUUUAGACUAGUUUCGAGAUAAGGACUGUCAAAGCCGCAUAUGAUCGUAUCAAUUAUACAAUAAAUAACAGAUUAAUACUAAGGGUUCUAUUGAAUAUAGCUAAUGGGUACGAACCCAACUCAAGUUCAAUUCUAAAGGAUAGGUUUAAUGAAUUUAAGAUAAUGUAAGAUAAAAGGAUUGCAAAUCUAAAGGAGACUUAGUUCUUUCUUGACAAUUCUGGAUUUCCAUUUAAUGAUGAUUUCUUGAAACUUAUAAAUUCAAAAGUAAUAAUGCUUCAGUAUCUUACUGAGAUCAAUACUAAUUACGUUGAGAAUGUUACUAUGAAAGUAGCUCAAAGUUUAUUCGCUAGCAGACUGCAGCAAAUUAACAAUUUUACCCUGCAAUAAUUCAGAGGCAACUUGAGGGUAUAAUCAUUAACUCCAAAUGAAACUGCUGCUUAUAGACCAUCUAUCGAUGAACAAACUAUAUUUUUCGCCGUUAUUAAUGGAAAUUCUGUAAUUAGAUAGUAUAAUUGGGUAUUUUUAUCAAAUUACAUCAGCGAAACCAAAGGAAACUCUGAUACCAGACUUUAGUAAUCUAUGAUACUUACAAUCAUAUCUGUUUUCACUAUAUUCAUCGUGGCUUUAGUUAUUUCUCCAAUUAUAAGUAAAACUGAAGAACGCAAAUACUAUGCACUCAGAUUUUUCCUCAAAAUACCCAGAGAUAAAAUACAGUUGUAUAUAGCUAAAUGUGAAAACUGUCUCAGAUUAGAAGAAGAAUCAAACUCUAAAGUUAGGAGAGAAUCCAUACGCAAACCAUCCAAUGGAGGUAUGGAAGAUAACAAUGAUAUUGGCGAUAACCAAGAUCACCAUGGUUCCGCUGUUCAUGAAAAUAGCCUCUACUACGAGGGAGUUAGUCAAAUCAUUAACUACCCAGACUAGUAGGAGCAAGACUCUGUCGCCUAUCUUAAUAGUUCAUACCGUCAUGGAGACUUCAGCAGCCAACGUCCCAUGAGGGGCCUUUCUGAUAGCUCUCGCUUUGUGUUGCAGGUUAGAGAGCAAAGAGCAGAAUCAAGAGGCAAACAAAGUUCUAAGGAUUAAUAGUCAGUGAAUAAUUAGAGCCUUGCCAAUGGAGUUAUAGGGAGAGCUGGAGACAACUCAACAACCACAAUGAUGAAGCGAUCAGAAGCAGAUAGUGUGACUGUCUCACAAAUGAAUCUCAACGACGUUUCGAGACCUACUCAAGCAGAUUUAAAUGCACGAAUGAAUGUCUAAAGUGAAUAACAGUCAAUAGAAUCUAAAGAUAACAUUGUGAAAAAGAUUGCCUUAAAAAUGAAAUUAAAAACCUUCUUUGCCAUUGUAGCCUUGACUCUUACUUGCUCUAUCUACUUUAUUGCUACAUUUAUGAUGUCUCGAACUAACUACAUGAAUGCAUCAGCAUCUAUUGAUGAUCUUUCUAUUAUUUUUGAUAAGGACGGUUGCUUUGAUAUACUAAUAAACUUUCUGCGUGAAAAUCAAAUACGAAAUGAGAGUUUAAAAUUAGCUGAAUAUCCUGGCCAAGAAGCAAGUUUGUAUUAUUUAAAGAGGUGUCAGAAAUAAGAAGCAAAUUAUAGAGAUUUACGUAGAACUAUCCCAGUCUACCUCGAAAAAGUGAGUAGUUAUUUUGAGGAUAUAGAGUCUAACAAGCUUUGCACUAUUAUCAAAUAAUUAGGAUAAAAUGAAUAUGGGGAGUUAGUUAAUGCAUUCUGCUCUCAAGUCCUCAACGGGAUGCUUAAUAAUGGAAUUUCAACCACUUACAGCUACUUAUACAAUAAAGCCUAAAAACUUUAGAUUGAGUUUGAAACAGCAUAGAAAUCUAAGAAAGCAACAUAGGAUUUUCUAAAAAAACUAAUUAAUGAUACAGAAACUAAUGAGAUAAUAGAUGCUAAGACGUUCAUUCUAAGUUAUGCAAUGACUGAACUUAAAAAGAUCUCUGUGGAAAGCACUCUUGACUAUUUCUAAAACCUAAGAGACCAACUUGUCAUCGUCUAUGUUAUCUUUAUUUUCCUCAUUUUUGCGGCAAUUAUAGUCUUUUUCUUGUUCGCACUCCAAAAACUGAGAGAUUCUAUGUGGAAUACCAAUUUGAUGCUCAAGAUAAUCCCUUAAGAUGCUAUGGAUAGAAACGACAAUGAAAAGAUUAAAAGCUUUUUUGUAAGUUGA